ACUUUAAUUUUUUCUGCCAGUGUACUAAUAUGGGGAAAUAAAUAUUCUACUAAAGUAUAAAAUUUCAUACAUUUUUAAAAUCUUUUUAUAAAAUAAUACUUAUAAGAACAUAGAUAGAUGAACUUCCCCCCCCCCUCAAAAAAAAAAAAAAAAAAAAAAAAAAACCUUCACUGCAAGAGAAAAGCCAUCUUUUGUUAUUCAGUGAGUUACUCAAUAAACUUCUCGACUUCAUUCAGUUGUCUGACAUUUAAUUCUUUUGUUUGUCUAUCUCCGGUAUUGAUUUGUUUACGUUGCGGUUAUUAAACCACUUCUAAACUAAGAUGAAAAUGGAGGAGGAUGCUACGAUAAUGGGUAAAUUGGAAUGUUUGAAAGAAAUAAGGACUCGAACAAUUCAUUUAGAAAAGCUAAAAUCUCGUUUGAGACAAGAAGUUGAGGCAACUGAAGGAGAGGAAAAGUGUUUGAUUGAAUACAGACAAGAAAUGGAAUCAUUGCUGCAAGAGAAAAUGGCUCAUGUUGAAGAACUUCGUCAAAUUCAUGCUGACAUAAAUAUUAUGGAAAAUGUUAUAAAGCAGUCUGAGGAAGAUCGCAACAAGCACUUGGAGAAUGCAAAGCAGCUGCAUCAUGAAUUCAAGCCUCUUAAAGAGCUUGUUGAUUCACUGAGACACGAAAUCGGACUCACUAAAUUGCCUGAACUUCAUGAAGAAGAUGAAAACUUUAAGCCAGAAUUUUUUGAAAAACAGAAAACUGAAUGGCAGACUGAAAUUCCAGAACAAGCUUUACCAUCAUCAUUGUCUGCUAGUGCUUCAAGUCAGCAACUUCAAGCUGGUCGUAGUAAACCUCUGCAAGAUCGACCACAACCUGCUGCUUUUCGACAGCAACCUCCACCAAUGAAGUCGUGUUUGUCAUGUCAUCAGCAAAUUCAUCGAAAUGCACCCAUCUGUCCAUUAUGCAAAGCCAAGAGCAGAUCUCGGAACCCUAAGAAACCAAAAAGGAAGUUGGAUGAUUAAAUAGGUAUAUUUAUAGUUUGGGUUUUAGCUACUAGGAAAUUUUAGUUACUGUGAAAGAGAAAUAACUUUCAUAUUAUGUAAUUUAAUAUUUUUAUGAUGUCAUCAUCAAAGUACCAAUCAUAAACCAAUUCUGUAAAAUUUCAUUAAUUUAUAUUUAUGUAAACACAUCUAGAAAUAUCUGCUUUAUUAAGGAUGAUUAUCUUUGCUUUUAAGUUAUGUUUUAUUUAAUGUCA